CCCAUAUUACGAAUUAAACUCUCACGUUUUACCUCUUCUUUAUAUAUAUAUAUAUAUAUAUAUAUAUAUUAACACCCCCCCCCAUGAUUUCAGCCUUGUAAGGAGGUGUAAAUAACCAGUCACAGAAAUUGGAUUCUGUCAGUUCGGUUAGUUCGGUUCUCACAUGCUCUACGCUUGAGUCAGUGUGAGCAACCGAUUGGCGCUCAUAGUAAAAUAGCCCCACCGGAGACAUUCAUUUACUUGUAUUAGCUAGCUAGCCUGGUCUCUCACAGUCCUAGCUACAAUUAUCGGGGAAGUAGCACGGCCCGUUUCGUCAUGGCCGAGGAGAAGAAGGUGGCACGGAAUGAGGAAUCUGCAGGGUCCAUUUCAGUUGGUCGAUCCCGGCCCGAAAGACGCGAUGGCAAGAACAAGCUCCCGAACUUCCUCCUCUCGGUCCGGCUCAAGUAUGUGAAGCUGGGCUACCACUACCUCAUCUCAAACGCCAUGUACCUACUGCUCGUGCCGCUUCUCGGGGUAGCCUCGGCCCACCUGUCGACCCUGACCUUGGACGACUUGAUCAACCUGUGGAACAACCUCCGGUUCAACCUCGUGACCGUGGUGCUUUGCUCGGCCCUGAUGGUGUUCCUAGCCACGGUUUACUUCAUGACCCGGCCGAGGACUGUUUACCUCGUGGACUUCUCGUGCUACAAGCCCGAGCCAGCCAGGAAGUGCACGAGGGAGAUGUUCAUGGAGCGGUCCGAGCUCACCGGCACGUUCACCGAGCACAACCUAGGGUUCCAGAGGAAGAUCGUUGAGCGGUCGGGGCUGGGGCAGGACACCUACCUCCCCGAGGCGGUGCUUCGUGUCCCACCUAACCCGUGCAUGGCCGAGGCCAGGAAGGAGGCCGAGGUGGUCAUGUUCGGGGCAAUUGACCAGCUCCUCGCUAAGACCGGAGUCAAGGCCAAGGACAUAGGGAUCUUGGUGGUGAACUGUAGCCUGUUCAACCCGACGCCAUCACUUUCCGCCAUGAUCGUAAAUCACUACAAGCUCAGAGGCAACAUUCUCAGCUACAACCUCGGCGGGAUGGGAUGCAGCGCUGGGCUUAUCUCCAUCGAUCUUGCGAAACAGCUUUUACAGGUUCAACCCAACUCCUAUGCCCUUGUCGUGAGCAUGGAGAACAUCACUCUCAACUGGUACUUUGGAAACGAGCGGUCGAUGCUUGUUUCGAAUUGCCUCUUCAGAAUGGGCGGUGCUGCCAUUCUUCUCUCGAACCGCUCCUCAGAUCGCCGCCACUCCAAGUACCAGCUCAUCCAUACCGUGCGCACCCACAAGGGCGCUGACGACAAAUGCUACAGCUGCGUCUUCCAACAAGAGGAUGAAACCAAAAGGAUUGGUGUCGCCCUUUCAAAGGACCUCAUGGCAGUGGCAGGAGAAGCCCUGAAGACCAAUAUCACGACCUUGGGGCCGCUAGUCCUCCCAAUGUCCGAGCAACUCCUCUUUUUUGCGACGCUAGUUGCAAGGAAAGUCUUCAAGAUGAAGAUAAAGCCUUACAUUCCCGAUUUCAAGCUCGCAUUUGAGCACUUCUGUAUCCAUGCCGGUGGGAGGGCGGUUUUGGAUGAGCUUGAGAAGAACCUCGAGCUCACUGACUGGCACAUGGAACCUUCGAGGAUGACCCUCUAUAGGUUCGGGAACACAUCGAGCAGUUCCCUAUGGUAUGAACUGGCUUAUUCCGAGGCUAAGGGAAGGAUUAUGAAAGGUGACCGGACGUGGCAGAUUGCAUUCGGGUCUGGAUUUAAGUGUAACAGUGCAGUUUGGGAGGCGCUGAGGACCAUCAAUCCGGCCAAGGAGAAGAACCCUUGGAUGGAUGAGAUCGAUGGGUUCCCAGUUCCAGUGCCAAAUGUUGCAUCCAUCAAUGGUUCUAAAUGAUCAUCAUUCAUAUAAUUUAUCUGAUUCAACAUAUUGAAUAAUUAAAUUAAUUAGGUGUGUGAAGAAAUUGAGUCCCACAUUAUCAUUCUUUUGGUUUGCAGUGUUAAUUUUGAUUUUAGUAAAAAUAUGAAUUACGCAUUACCAUUGUCA